CCUUUUUUGUGUAGAGCAAAAACAACAUUUUCUUGACUUAAUAUAUAAUGAAUAGCUGCGGAAACUCUAUUUUAUGGCAGUGUUUAUUGCCAACAAAUCGAUUCAUUCUCUCCCUCAAAAUAAAUUAAAUUUUAACUAAAAGGAUUGACAAUUAAUGCUAAGCCAACAAUUUAUCGUUGGAAUUCAAAAGAUGGGCAUGGCUAUUUUAAAUGAGACUCCGUUAGCACAGAGACAAGGGGGCUCAACAUAAAAGCCGAAUUUCACGCUGCCCCGCAUUUUCGGUUCUCAUGUUUCAAGGCAGCAGAGCGUUAUAUUUUCAGAGUACUCUUGUUUCUUGCCCAGACCAGACGCAUCAAAAUGUUCAAAAAUCUCUUUAGUUUUGUGGAAAAUGGUACAAUCAAGCCAAAAUUUUUCAAAUUUUCCAUUUCAAACCAGAGAGCAACCGAGAUGGUGGAGAAAAAAAUCACUGCUCUUUCCGAAGGCUUGCACACUGAUUGUUCUUUCCUUGUUGGACCUGAAGAUUCGACUGCACAAGUUUUGCAUGCAUACCAGUGUGAUUUGAAACUGGGAAGUGAAGUUUUCGAUGCAAUGCUGAGAAACUCUUUAUCGGAAUCAAAAAACCUGAUCAGGAUAAAGCACCACGAGAGCCGCAUUUUUGAAAUGCUCUUACAGUAUAUCCACGUACAUUGCCUGCAAAACGACCUCGAAACUUUGGAAGAUAUGAUAUCACUAAGUUUAGCCGCAGAUGAAUACCUCGUGGAGCCGCUGCUCAAGCUGUGUGUACACGCAGUAAAAAAAGUGUUGAGUCCAGACAAUGUCUGGCUUGUGCUCAACUCUUUGAACCACCGUCCUGAGUUUGCUGCCAAAUGUGUAGAGAUUUUAGCCACGCACACAAUGGCUUGCUUGAAACACCCUUCCUUUGUGAGCGCUUCCACAGAGAGCCUUUUAUUAUUACUAAAACUAAAACGUCUGAAUAUCAAUUCAGAAUUGGAUCUGGUAAAUGCGUGCGUUCGAUGGAGCCAAAGCUCUCCAAAAAACCACAUUAGGUCAAUUUUGCCGCAUCUCAGACUGCUGAAUUUGCAACUGGAUGAAAUAUCAUGUGUGUCGAAAUUUUUGAACUGCAAAGAGAAAGCAGGCUUGGCCCAUGCAAUUGUUUUCAAGGAUAAAAGCCUGAUGCCAAGCACCCUUUGCUGCAUUUCCUGGGUGCGGCAAAUUUAUAAGCACAUCCCUGCACUGGCGAAAAGCGAGGGCAUAAUAGAAAUCAUUCCCAAAGAAUUGCUUUCUAUCGCUCUGAGGAAUCAACUUAAGUAUGAGCUGACUGCUGAGAUGUCGGAUUACAGACAGAGAAAUGUCAUCAGCUUUACUGCUGCAAAAAACAUGUUCGUUACGUCUUUAAAAAUCCUCAGCCGAAUUAACAAAGCAGACAGUGUACUCUAUGAAUAUCAAGAAUAUCUCCAGAUUUCAUCGGAACGAAGGCUACCGGGCUCGAAUAAGUCGAGUAUCAUAUCUUCCGAGCACAUCCAAGAGCCACCAAACUCACCGCAGACGUUUCUCUAUUCAUUUAAGGAGCCGAUCUACCUACCAGAAGGAACAAAUUUCUGGCUACAUUUAAACUAUGGUCCUGGUUCAAUAUACACGAAUUUUUUCACGAAAGGAGCUCUUAGUGCAAGUAUGCCACGAAACCGAAAUUUAAAAUGCAGAGAAGGCGAAAAUAUUGCGGUCAGAACUUUCUGCGUCAAGCAUAAUUAUUUCGCUGAGGGGAACAAAUUCUCUGAGGGCAAAUGGGAGGAGGUCGUGUCUGAUAAAAAAUUCUGUAUUGUUACUAGCUUGAAAUGCAAGUUUUUCUAAACUACUUGCUUCAUAUUUAUGGAACAUCACAAUUUCAAGUGUAUUUUUUAAUUUCAAAUACUUAUAGUAGUUGCUCUCUUUUAUUUAAUUAAAUGCAAGUAAAUAAAUUUACAUGCUUUCAUCAAUGCAAGCUUAACUGACUUCCAAUAAGACUUAACCGCAGCAACAAAAAGGCGACAAAAAUAUUAGAUAGGGUAAUGAACGGGUGUAAUAAUUAUUAUUAUUAGACACAGUUUUGAAAAUUAAACCUAAAAUACAACCUAAAUGCAAGUAUAUUACACAGAACAUGGGAUUAAAUGUUUGAAAAUUACUGUAAAAUAUAAUAUUUGAAUUGAUGGAAUUGAUCAAA